AGCCGCAGACUAAUUUUCUCCUCAAAGGUAUCUCCCUCCCUCCCAAGGAGGAAUUCGUGUACUACCGGGUGCCUUUCAAAAAGAGCAUUUCGCCCCCAAGUCUCGGCUCUUCAACGCCCUCUGACAUCAUCAACUCGCGCCGAAGCGCUGCCGAAGUCCCAGAGGCUGCUGGAAAAUGAAGUCGUCCGAAUUAACCGGGAUUCUGGCAACGGCUGCGCCCGCACUGGGAUCUUAUGGCGCAAGGAUGUAGUUUCGGAGAACUGGGAAGUUUAGUAUCUAGUUUAUGGGUGCACUAAAACGCUUCCAUCCCCGCGGGGCCGCGGUCUCGAGUUUCGGUCUCGGCUUCCCUCAGGUGAAAAAGGUGAUGAUUUGCAAGAAAAGAAAAUAAUUGCAUGAAGGCCCUCUCCUUACUUCUAGUUUGAAUUAUUCCUAGUAUUGGCUUUUAAGAUGAGUAACAUCUCUUCCUCAAGAUUGGAAGAUAGAGUUCUACAAACUCUGACAAAGGUUUUUGGAUUUAACUCUUUCAAGACUUCAUUGCAAGAAAGUGCAACUAUGACUGUGGUAAAAGGAGAAAAGGACGUUUUUGUAUGUAUGCCAACGGGAGCAGGGAAAUCCCUGUGUUACCAGCUUCCAGCAGUUUUGGCAAAGGGCAUCACGAUAGUGAUUUCGCCAUUAAUUUCACUUAUUCAGGAUCAAGUGGAUCAUUUGCUCUCUCUCAAAGUUAGAGUGAGCUCCUUCAAUUCCAAGAUGUCCGCUCAGGAGAGAAAAGCCAUCCUUGCUGACUUGACAAGUGACCAUCCUAAGAUAAAGCUGCUGUACAUCACUCCAGAGAUGGCAGCUUCUGCUUCUUUUCGGCCCUCCUUGGAGCGUCUAAUAUCUCAAAAUCUUAUCUCUUAUCUGGUAGUUGAUGAAGCUCACUGUGUUUCCCAGUGGGGGCAUGACUUCCGACCGGACUAUCUGCAUCUUGGCUCCUUGCGUUGUCGCAUGCCCAAUAUAUCAUGCAUAGCCCUGACAGCCACAGCUACUAAGCAAGUUCAGGAAGAUAUUAUAGCCCUGCUGAAGUUAAAGCAGCCUGUUGCCACUUUCAGGACACCUUGCUUCAGGCCCAAUCUGUACUAUGAUGUGCAGUUUAAAGAUCUUUUAGCAGAUCCUUAUGAAAAUCUGAAGGAUUUCUGUCUGAAGUCUCUUGGACAGCAAAAUGAAUUAGGGGGAUAUCCUGGCUGUGGAAUUAUCUACUGCAGGAUGAGAGAUGCUUGUGAGCAAGUGUCUAUUGAAUUAAGUUAUAGGGGAGUAAAAGCCAAGGCAUAUCAUGCAGGGCUGAAGCUAGUAGAGCGAACCUCCAUUCAAAAUGAAUGGAUGGAGGAAAAAUUUCCAGUUAUUGUUGCUACUAUCAGUUUUGGAAUGGGAGUUGACAAACCCAAUGUCAGAUUUGUUGCACACUGGAAUAUUUCAAAAUCGAUGGCUGGAUAUUACCAAGAAUCAGGAAGGGCAGGGAGAGAUGGGAAGCCAUCAAGCUGUCGCCUUUAUUACUCUCAUACUGACAGAGAACAAAUCUGCUUUCUCAUCAAGAAAGAAAUUACCACGCUUCAGGGGAAACGAGGUUCCUUGAAGGAGUCUGAUAAAGCUGUGAUGAAAGCCUUUGAGGUUAUGGUCACCUUCGCUGAAAAUCUUUUUUGUCGCCAUGCUGCCAUAGCCAACUACUUUGGAGAUGAUGUUCCCCAAUGUAACAGAAACUGUGAUUAUUGUAAGAAUCCAGCAGCAGUGAAGAAGCAAGUAGAAGCAUUACAGCAUAGCACCAAACGUUGGAGUAGAACCUAUAUUGGACCUUCUGCUUCAUCUUGGAAUGCCUUUGACCCUGAACUGUAUGGAGGAGGAAAGCGAGGCUGUGGUGGCUUUGAAAGAUAUGACGAAGAUACCAGGAGUGUGGGUGAAGUUAAUGAGGACAGCCAGAAAAAGGAAUGGAACAUUUUCUAUAACAAACAGAUGAAGUUGCGCAGGGGCAGAGAAGCUGAAAAUGAUAACUUUGUUCUUCCAGAUAGUGAUUGUCCCUUGAAGGAUGCAGCCAGUAGGAAAAUUGCUAGAAUUACAGUAAAGGCUCGAGAACACUGCCUUAGGAUGCUGGAAGAAGCAUUGGUCACCAAUCGGCAAGCAGCACCAGUCACAGAUAGUUCAGGUCUUCUAGCAUGUGCUGUAGAGAUGGAAUAUGAAGCUUUCCGGACUAGUAAGAUGGCAAACCUAUACAAGGCAUCAGUUCUAAAGAAGGUCACCGAAAUUAACAAAGCUUCCAAAAAUGGGGAGUUGUAUGCCAUCCCGGACUUGGGAAUUAGUGACUAUCCCAAGAUGAAAGGUGAAUCAACUGCUACACAUGAUGAGGUCUUCUGUCAAGCAUCUAAAGUGAAUACUUUCAAACCCAAGAGAAUGGGGAUUGGAUUUCAAAACAAGUCUGGCAUGUUCCAGUCUGCUUCAGAGGUUCUAUCUGUUAAGGAAGGAGAUGACAUUAAUGUUGUAAAAGAAGAAAUUGGCUCAGGCUGGAAGGAAGACAGUGGUUGUGGUCCCAAGCCUUUGGAUAUGGGUGACAUUCUUGAGGAUAAGGAGGAAACAACCAACAAAAUAUGCAAAAACGGUGCUGAAUCCCCUGAAACAAAAGGACAGCAUGACAUUGCUGAGGCUGUCACCUCCUUGCUGGUUAGUCAUGAAAAGAGAAAACCUACUAAGAAGCAGUUACUGUUAGCAGAAGCAGCUAGGAAAGAAUCUCAGAACAUCUCCAAAUUCUUCUCCACUCCCAAAGCAGGAUGUAAAGCCAAGGCUUCAGAAAUUGAUUUUGCAGAAGAGAAAAUCAACUGUCUCAAUGAAUUGCCUCAGUUUUCCUCCCGAAGAGCGUGUGAAGAGAAAACUGAACCUCAGGAAUACCUUGAUACUGUUUUUAAAGAAGAACUAACAAGUUCAUCUCCCCCAAAAGAGCAGGAAUUGAAGAAUAUAGAAGAUAUGCCUUUGAGCAGUCAAAGAUUAGAGAGAGAGUACUCGUACUCUGGAUCACAUUUUGAAAAGCUAAAGGCUGAAUCUUUGAUUGAAGAAGAUGUAACCAAUGAUUGUGAAAAUCUUAACGGAAAAAGACUAGGAUCAGCUGAGGACCUGGAGAGCCCUGCUGAAAAGAGGCUACGAAUGAUGAACAUGUCCUCCAUUUUGUCACAGUCAGAGGGAAAAGCUGGUAGACUGGCAAAAAAGAAAGUCACUUUUGACCCAAAGUUAUCACAGGAUGAUAAAGAAGGGAACACGAGAGCCGUUAAGCCACCUUCAAAAACAUUGUCGCUUAAGGAAACAGCAGAUAUUGUUGUAAAAUAUUUGACUCCUUUCUACAAAAAUGGGAAAUUUGCAUCUAAGGAUUUGUUCAAGGGAUUUGCCCGACACCUCUCUCAUUUGUUGGCUGCAGACAAAAGUAGCUUCCGCAAAACAGUGAAAGAAGAAGCGCAGAGGCUGAUCAAGACAUUUUUCAAAAGCCGAGACAAGUGUGAAAGCGAAACAGACUGGCAGGAGCUGGCCACUUUUGAAACGUGACUCACGAAAGGCCCUGCUUCACUUUGCUGGUUGUGACAGAGGACUGUCCCUCCAUGUUUCACUAUAGCUACGCUUUGUAACAAUGCAAUGGGGAAGAGGAGGGGAGAGGGCAGUUGGGAGAUAGAGGCGCCAGGGUUAAAGAUUAGAUAGAUUUUCUCUAUCUGAAAAAAAGGCAUGUUGCUGUCAGGUUUUGAGAGCAACCCACUUUCUUCCUUCUAGCAAGUAUGAGUGAAUUCAAAUUUUAUUAUUUGGCUAGGCAUAUAAUUAUGUCUGGAGAGUCUCCAGUCUUUUAAUACAGAUUUUACUGGCAGCUACCUUAAAUAGAAGAAAUGCAUUUGCCUCAGUCAGGAUUUCUUUGCUGUGAGAGUAACAUGUUAGAGAGUACUUUGGGAAAGACCAGUUAAUUUAUAAUUGGAAGGAAACCUGGAAGGGUUAUUUUAGCCAAAGCUCUUUAGAUUUCUGUUCUUUUAUGGUGUUGACAUGUUUCUUUUAUUCCAAAAGUGUUCCCUUGCAUUUUUCCCUCAGUUGGUAAUAUAAUAACAAAUUAAAUGCAGCAAAUUAAGGGCAUAGCAACCAGUACUAAUUAAAUACAUGCAGUGCUUUGGUUUUUUUAAAGUGCUAUUUAGAGAGGGACUUCCAAUGUGGGCAACAGGAACUAUUUUGAUGCUUAGGUUUUCCUACAUUAUUUUGGUUCCCAAUUCCUGCUUCAGUAACUCUGCUCCCCUAUUAAGUUCUAAAUGCACAAUUAAGGAAUCCUGUCUUCCUUCUGCAUCAUCUGUCAGUAUUUGCAAUGUGUACUUCGGGGACACCCUGCCAGCUACCCUGAUAGCUGUUGGUGUAAUUUUCCUUUAUCUCCCACCAAUAUGACCAGAGUCUUUGUUGGCUGGGAACAAUAGACGUUAUGCCUUUAGACUGAGUUUGGUAGGAGAGUUCUGAAAUGUUAUUUUUAAGGAGAGAAUUAAUAUUGUGUCUUGCUUCUGUUCCUAGUUGGCAUGACUUUCUUUAUCCAAGAGGGACUAUUACCUACCUCUUAUGGUUAGAAAUGUCUAGUUAGGAGCAGAUUUUUCUUUUCAUAAAACCUCAGGAAUAAAGGUCAAUACCUCCCUUCCCAAAGAUUCUGUUCUUCGAUAUUAAUUGAAUGGAAAUGCCUGAUAUAUUUAAGGAAAAUUGCCAUUGCAGUAUCAGUGCACAUUGCUCUAAAAUUAUGUAGUAGUAAUAUUUUACAUUGCAUUUUUAUUUUUUGCAUAUGGAGUAAAUUUUAGACCCUUGCAGAUCAUUAUUCACAGACUUUUUCAAUGGGUUCUUGCAAGGCUGUUACACAGAUUAUUUGUAUGGUGAGGAGCUGUAAUGUUUUGAGGGACCCCUGGCUUUGCCACAUUAUAAACAUGGGUUUGAUGUAUUAAAACAUGCUUUUAGGUAAAUAAUGUAAAAUUAGCACUUUAAAAUAUAAAAAAUGUGAGAAAUGUAUCAAUUACUGUAGUAGUCUCCAAUUCCCAUCUUGAAGUUGAGUUGCUUCAAAUAGUUUUGUUUUCAGGUAAGAAAAUUUUUUUUACAGCUCACAUUCUCUAUAGAGAAAUAAAUGCACAUUUGAAAGAGAUGAGUUAAUUCUUUUCAUAUGUCACAUACAUAAAAGCCAUACUAUUGUACUGUGCCUCCAAUCUGGACCUAACUAGUAGCUCAGUAUUAUGGCAAAGUGACCCUACAGAGCUUAUAAGGAAAAUGCUGUUUUAUUGAUAUUUAGAGAAACUGAAUAUAUUUGGGGAGUCUUGAUUAAAAUUGUAGUUUUUUUAUCAUUAUGGUUUUUUUGACCUGUGCCUUAGAUCUGUCCCUGCCACUGAUCUUUCUGAUGGUGAGAGCUGAUAGAUAAAAGCAGAAUUGUGGAAGAGAUCAACAAAUUAGCUUUGCUGGAAAAAGAGGGUUGUAACUUUAAAGGUACAUGGCAAGCUGCUAAUAAAAUUAAUGUUAAAGAUGUUA